AUAAAAUAUUUAUCCGAGACUGGACGCCUAUAACCGCCAUCUUUAAAUCCCUAGCUCUUCUUUCUCUCAAAAAUUGACAUCGCCCGAUCACGGAGACAGCCAUCGACUGCAUCGUCGCCUCAGAACACAGAGUGAGCUCCGCCACUAAGCUUCAACAGAUCUCUAAGUAACUAGAAAGAAGUUUAAAUCUCUGGUAGUUUAGGCCUGUGGAAACAAUGGGAAGUGCACCAGCUCAAAUACCAACAAGUUUUGGCCAUGAGCUUAGAGCUUGCUUGCGUUGCCGCCUUGUCAAAACUUAUGAUCAGUUUAGAGAAUCGGGGUGUGAGAACUGCCCCUUCUUCAAGAUGGAUGAAGAUCACGAGCGUGUUGUUGAUUGUACUACUCCUAAUUUCAAUGGGAUAAUAUCAGUCAUGGAUCCUACUAGAAGUUGGGCUGCUCGCUGGUUGCGAAUUGGAAAAUUUGUCCCUGGUUGCUACACUCUUGCUGUCUCAGAGGCACUGCCAGAGGACUUGCAGAACUUAUGCGAAGAUGAGCGCAUCCAAUACAUUCCACCAAAACGUGUCUGAUUGAGAAUUUGUCGAUUGGUUUUCUGUAAUGUUAGAAUUGUGUGGAGUACAAUCUAAUGAUUGAAUAUGCCUCUUGAGCAGCCAAUGCAGUGUCAAAUUUUCUGUGAUAUCUUUAUGUGAGAAUCCUGAAUAUACUUAUAGUAUUAUCAUCUGUGAA